AUGGAGAACAGAACAUUAGGACCAACAAAGAGUAUUCCUCCGUGCAGUAAGAAUUUAGAAUUGGUGUUCUGGGUCCUCAAUGGCACAGCAAGUGUGAUUAUACUAAGCGGGAACUUCAUCACUAUCCUUGUGCUUGUUACAAACAGAAGACUUCUACAAAACUACGUGAACAUUUUUUUGGUGAGCUUAGCAGUAGCAGAUUUGAUGAUGGCGGUGUUUGUCAUCUCCGGAUACGCGGUCUUCUGCAAUGGCUGCAAUUGGGUCCUGGCUGGAAUUAAAGACGUCGCCUACGGUAGUACGGUGUUUAAUUUGGCUGCGAUAUCGUUCGACAGGUUCCUCGCCGUUCUAUGGCCUUUACAUUAUUACAACUACAUGACGAAAAGAAGCGUCAGUCUUAUUUUAACUGGGGUGUGGGUUUUCAGUAUCUUUCUGGCCAGCUUACGACACGCGUGGCUUCAUACGAAGCCAGAAAAAGAGGCGCAAAAAGUCGAUAAAAUUUACAACAGUACACUAAUGUUCGCUUUCGCUUUGAUGCCCGUUGUUGUCAUUUCAGGGAUGAAUGUGAAAGUGAUUCAAGAAAUAAGAAGGCAAAAUCGAUUACAGCGAGGCAGGAUCCAUGUCCGACAAACAGAAACAGGAGAAAGAAAUCGCUUGAAGAGGAUGACAGCUGUCACAGGAACAAUUUCCUGUGUUCUAAUUGUGUAUAGGUUUCUAAUCAGCUGGUUGCCACUGGCUUUCGUCAAUUUUAGUUUUGUGUGCGGGAGGCCUGAUUUAGUCAGUGGAAAAUUAGAGAAGACUGCAUGGUUUUUCAUUUUUGUACAAUCAUCUGCCAAUCCUUUCAUUUAUUCAUUUUUGAGAUCCGAUUUUAGACAAGCCAGCCGCUCCUUGAUUUGUUGUCAACUUAAAUUGACUCAAAGGUCCACCGCAAUACGGCCACUUAAGUAACUACAUAAAAAAAGCUAAUGAGCUACUUUCGAAAGAAAGUGGAAAGGGCAUAUCUAAAAUGAACUCGAUAAAUACUUAAGAGAUUUUUUCUUGGGGGGAUGUCUUGCGUAAAGAAAUUAAAUAUUCUAUAGAAUUCAUAAAUAAAGCAUUUUUAGUAUGUCUCUUGAUAAAUCUAUACUUCUUUAUGAAAAAAGAUCAUUGGGGAAAGGAUGUGCACGCAUCACAGAAAACAGCAAAAGCUACACUUGUAGUUAUUUCCACUCAUCAUCAUCAGAGGCACUUCUUUUUAUGGAUAAAUGAUAAUUCAGUAACUGAUUUAUGAUCGGUAAAACCUACGUUCACUUUACAACGGACGAAUUUUAUGUAUGUGAAGGAUGAUAGAAAUAAAAAGAAAAGAAACGUGAAAUAAAAGAUAGAAUAUUAUUGCAGUCUAUAUCGACGGAAUCGCUCGUUUAUUUGUUUAACUAUGGAAAACAGCUGACUCGUCCGAGGCUCUCUCUAAUUUUUCACGCGCGGUCGCAGUUCGCGGAAGAGGACCCGGGCUGUCCCGACGAAAGGAUGAUGGGAAGGAGGAAAGGAGAGAGUUUCCCUUUUCCUAUAAUUUCCUUUCCUUUUUUACAUAAACUGCAGUGUUUUAAAAGGAUGCGCCCAGUCCUGAGAAAAGGUGUAACCGCACACUUGCAAAAUUACGAUAAUUGUUUAGGAGUGUUUGAUAUCGCCAAUCAGUUGUUGACCUGUCACUCGUCUUACGCGCCCCUCUGUCAGGAUGAGUAGCAAAGUGUUUACAAUUAAUUAAGUCACUUUCCUUGUUCGUAAAGGUUUUUAGACAAAAAAAAAGACAUAGUUGCUGGUAGAUAUUGAAUUUCUCUCUUCUUGUUCAACUUAAUAUCGACUUGAACACUCGAAGAGAAAUUGCAUAUCUAUUUGGAUGAAUAUGGUUAUUGGCACACCUUAAUGCAUGACUGACAUUUUAAAUAAGCGGGAGUGGUGUUGUCUCAUCAUUUUACAGCACUUGUUUAAGUGUUUUACCUUCAGAUCAUAACAUCCUAUCGGAAAACGCGAGUGACACAACAUAGCUGUCAUAUGACUGGUCCAUGCGUUAUAAACAUUUAUCAUGUUUAAAAUGGAUUUAAUGCACUGUCAUUCUGAAGAUUAAAAGAAAACAGGAGGACUCUCAGUAAACGCCAACUUGACCCAUGAUUUUGCCCGAUAAUCUUUAGCCUGAAAGGUAAGAUAAUUUUAUUUAAGAACUUAGCGGGUACAGUUUUGUACUAUCUGGCUUUGAAGGUGGAACUUUGUUUUCUUUUGGGGUGGGAUGCAUACUCCCCUAUUGAGGAAAACGUCAGUAAUUCGCAACAAAACUGAACCUAUAUAUUAUCGGAUAAACGUCAAAUGGGCAGUAUGCGGGCUUGUAUGUCUUGUCGGUUGAUAUUGAAGUGGAUUUCUAUAUGGUAUUUUUAUUCAAAUGUUACUCCAAGGAAAAAUGAACAAAGCCUUUUUUAAUGAUAAAGUCGCACGAUUGUUUUUUCUACAUUCACCAAUCUCUUUAAAAUUUUCUAAAGGAAAACCCCACUAAUUCUUUAACUCGUCGUUAACUAUAACAGAAAAAGAAAAAAAAAACUUGAACCAAGUCUUUUAAAAAUCGAGGUUUGUUAAGCUACAACAGGAUGUUUGAAAAAACAAGUCCAUUAGUUGUAUCGAAUAUCAGAAGCUAAUUGAGUUUGAAGAAGGGAAAUAAAAUGAUUUCUCUAUUUAUUUUCCACCAAAGUACGACAGAGGAUGGCAUUACUUUGAGAGCUGACAAACGGAAAGAAUUUCCAAUACUAUGCUUUUCAUCUUUUUUAGCUCAGCUAUAUGCAGUUUUUUCUUUUCGUUGUUUGUUAUUUUGGCUGUACUCCUCCAGGCACUCAUUUGUUAUUGCAAUUUUUACAUGCAAUAUCUCGUAUUCAAGCAUCCGCUUCCCUGAUGUCCAUUAGAUUUAUCAGCGCCCGAAGAAGGGUUUUUACCGGACUCUAUAAAUCUUCUUUGUUUGAAAAUUUCGUACAGAGCAUUAAACAAACUGGACCCUUUUAUUUUGAGCCCCACUCCUACCGUAUUCUACGAAUGGUUACUUAAAGGAGAUGCUAGCUUCAGAUUUUUGAAAGCGGUGAUGCGUUUUGAGACGGUGGUUUUUAUCGAGAAGCUGUAUUUCUGAGAGCAAAUUUUUAAUUACGUAGGUCAUACAAAGACCACAUUUACAUAAACAGAUUACCGAUGUUAUGGGGUUAAUGCACAAAGAGAAAGGGUGACUUUCGUAAACCCUUGUUCCUGUUUUCUGACUUCUCUGGAUAUAACAUCCUUGUUUUUAAUAUAUCAUAGAAGUAUAUUCCUUUUCUUUCAAGCGUUUCUGAGAUUGCUCAUCGAAUUGCAUUUAAUUUUCAGCCGAGUCCGCGUGUGUACUUUUAAAGGUUGUGAUGACGGCGUAUGGUCACUUCAAAGUCACUUAAAAUGUUAAUAUCUUCAUCGUGUUCAGUAUUCAUUGCCAGUCGUUGAGGUUUUUGCCAUUUUUUCGAUGCUCUUUGCUGCUUGUGUUCGAUAUCUUGAUGAUUCCAGAUUUGCUUCGGAGCUGACAAUGAAAACAGCGACAAAAAUGACAAAUUUUACCCCUUUGCAAAUUCAAAUUCAUAUUGAGUGGACAUACUCGUUCGUUUCCUAUGACAACACGCCUGACAAAAUAGAAUUUAAAAGGACAAUGUCAAAGCGUAUUUAUAUAGAUGUUGUAAGAGCGUUGACGUCUAUGUGAUAAAUUUAUGAUCGAACUCCCGAGGAAGUGAUAUGUUAUGGCGGAGUUCAAAAAGCGCACUUAAUCUUUUUAAACCCUGUUUCUAAAGAGAUCUUCGGCUUGAUAAAUCAAAGUUCUUCCCCAUAGAACUUUCGCCACAAAGAGGAAGUGACAUUGGUGUAAAAAAACAGGAAAUCGAGAUGGAACAUGCCACCUGCAGCGAAUCAAUAGAAACACUGUUUUUCAUUUUAUUCGGAGUUCUAGGUGUGAUAAUCCUAACUGGAAAUAUUUUCGCUUGUGUGGUGUUCCUAACCACAGCCAAACUCCGUGGAAGUAACAUGAACAUUCUUCUUGUCAGUCUCGCCACUUGGGAUAUACUCAUGUCCGUUUUCGUAGUUCCAUUUUACGCUGUUUUCUGUGGUCUUGGAUGCGAAAAAGCCCUGAAAAGCUAUUGCUGGCUUAUGCGAGGGGCAAAGGACUGCGUCAAGAUAGGCACUACCCUUAACUUGUAUGCUAUUACGUACGAUCGCUAUGUUGCUGUAUUGCAGCCACUUCGAUAUAAAUCGAAGGUUACUUCGACAAGAAUAAUUGGUAUGCUAACUGUCGUUUGGUUAUUACCACUGUUAUUAGCCGGAAUUCGGAACUCGUGGCAACACAGCUUUGACAAGCGCGAGGUUCGCUUUGCCAACAAAAUCUACGAUAGUGUGAUCGUGUUAGGUCUCGUUGUUUUUCUAGUUGUUUUAAUGUUGAUAACAAACAUCAAGAUUAUCAGAGCCAUACGAAAGCAAGCCAAACGGGAAAGAAGAGACUUGCAAAAUAAAUCACUGACUUCUCAACAACGAAAAGGUACAACUGCGUGUGUUAUAGUAACUCUAGUUUUUAUGGUUUGCUGGGUUCCACGCACUGUUUAUAACUUCAGUUUUAUCGUUGAUCCUCCGGGGCUCGCGAGUCCUCUGUUCUUCAGAAUUUGCUUCCUCUUUCUGUUUAUUCAGUCGUCCCUUAAUCCAUUUAUUUAUUGGUUCUACAGAACAGAAUUUCGAAAAGCCGCGUUUUCUUUGUUAAGAUGGCGCCUUGUAACUAAAAGGGCGGAGUCGAUGACGUCAACACCUCGGACCCAGUCUUUUCUUGCGGAAACUGCAAAAGUUGCAACUGUAGAGCUUAUGCGUUUUAGGAAGAAGUCGGAAGAGCUCAGAAUGGAGCCGGAAAAUUUCCUGACUUAACAUAAAAUUAUACAAUCUUUCCAAAAUCUGGACCAAACUCUGAAAGUCAACGUUGCACCUGUAUAAAACUCGUGCGUUCUUGAGCUCCUGAAAGCAACGUCCAACAAUGCUUCGAGGUCAAGAACUCCGAAAUAUUUUUGUAACAUUCGUUAAAUAGGCUCCUCAUUCAUAUGAAAUAGCUAUUACGUAAGCCAAAGAAAUGUUCUACGCCUACAACUUUUGUGAAAUUUUGCCCAAGCCAUUAAUCAUGGAUUUUGUUCUCUGGACGCGAAAGAUCUUUUGGAGAAUUUUGUGAUACUUACAUACUUAUGUGAUGCUUCGUUUCCUCGAUUUCACUGACCCUGUAACCCCUAGGAGUGACCAGCAUCUAAUUUCUCCUUACAAUAUCACCCGUGAAUCACAAAAUAGGGUCACGAGAAUAAAGGAAAUGAUCACCAACUAAAAAAGCUCUUAGAUGUUUGAAAACUUCACCUUGUCAAUAUCUUAUUAACUGUAAAGGGAACAGUAAGCUAAAUUAUUGAUUUCCGCCUGAUUAUGAAUAAAGACAUCGAAUUUAUAUUGUAGAAAUCUUUUCGGGAUGCUGAGACAAAACAAACUGAUAUUCAGUUUGAUAAGGCCUUCUAAAUUUUAACCACAAAUUUGUAUCUGAUGUGCUUUGAAGCACUGUGUAACGGGCUAGCUUUAUAUUUUACGAAAGGUUUGUCGUAUGGGCUGACCGAUUAACUCAAGCAUUUCACUUUCUGCUCGAGUUUCAUUUGAAACAACCAACUUACAUGAAAUGACUUAAAGAGCCAAUAAUGAAAAUAUAAUAAUAAUCCGCGCAACAUUUCAGCUGGCAAUACCCAACCGUUACUGCUAAGAUCAUUCACAUUAUUCAUUUAUUAAUCCGCAGUUCACAUAUAUGAUUUUCAUAAAUUCAAACUCGGUCAUUUGAUACUCAAAACCACGACACGUUUAGUUUUUCCUGUCGUUGAUAUGAAGUGAAUACUCUUGAUUUCUCAUCAGGUUAAUGCUGUAUUCAACUUGAAAUUUGCAUGUGGUUGGGUGGAUGGAAAUUGUUAUCUGCGGCAAUUUUGAUUGGGUAGCCAUUUUAAUCAGUUGAUGAAAGCUUGUCAAAUAAAUUCAUCCUUGGCACGGAGUGAGGUAAAAAAUUGAAAUGAAAGUACCUCUGCUGUAAUCGUCUUAUAUUUUUUGUUAAUUAUUUUUCCUGUUUUUCUUCUGUAACUUUUAUGUCUUCUUUGCACAUUAGUCAACAAUAAUAACUUAUACAUGACGUCAAUCACAUGAGGUGAAAAUUGGCAUGCGCACUAGUUACACGGUGAUUAUUUGAUUUAUAUCUGAGUUAAAAGCAGGAAGCUCUGCGUUAUCUGUUCUUGUUUGUUUUGUUUUGUUUUUUCCAUUACCAACAUUAGAUGUUUUUUUCUCCUUUUAAUGAUUUUUCCACCUAGGUGGAAAAUCUUUACAUACAAGCUGCGACAGGUGGAAUGUCUUUAACUACCUAAGAUAGUUGGAUACAAAAUAUAUCGAGACUACGAUAUUGAGAGCUUCAAGGACUUGAUUUGGAGACCGUCUAACAUGUUAUCGCUGACAUAAAACGGAAAAAAUGGAUCACUUAUGCAGAGGGACUAAAAACAGGGUAAUCUUUAUUUCCUGCCUUUCUUCAUUAUUUUAACAUUUUUUUAGUCUUAACAAAUGGUUUCCAUUUACGAACAUUACGUUAUGUCCGCUACAUGCUGCGAAAAUUGGCCUACACCCAAAGACUUUAUUUUAUUGGACAUAACUUGCUGCGGGAUUAACGUGAUUGGCACACAUUACUGUCACCGCAUAUCACAUUGCCUGAAUCGUUUAGUUUUUCGUCAUUCUGAAAGUAAUCGUACCUGAAACCUCGAGGACGACGUCACCUUGAAAUAUCAUGAAGUAAUUCCAGCCCUAAGAAUAAGAAAGGACUCUACUCCAUAAGGUAUAAAUAUUCAAUAGUAGGUUACAGUUUGCCUUUCGUCUUUCAUUUAUAUAUAUCAACUUUCGUAUUUAGUUUUCACGCAAUGUAAAUAUUUACAGAAAUAUUUAUGGAGUUUUGAGAGUAAAAAACCACCAAAUUAUGUUCCUCCGAAAGUAACGAUAAUUUUUUUCGGUUGUCACCAAAUUCUUAAGCAACAGACUUAGAUUUGGGCUUUUAAAACAAAGACCCUUUGAAAAAUGUGAUAUUAUGGUGGUAUCACGCUUUUUAAAUCGCAAAAAAACGUGAGAGGGAUAAAAGAUAUUGCAAGAGUUCUUUCAAAGUACGGGCAACCACCGUAGAAACCUGAAACCUUGAAACCCCAAAUUUAAAAAGGAGAAAUCAACUCAUUCAACAAAGACAGCAAAUCUGUUUGUAUUGGUGAAUACUUAAUGCAUGCAUUCAUUUUCGUAAAGAUUUUGCCAACCUCACACAGCUUUAAAUACGAGAGAGGAAAAAAAAAAAGGCAGGAAAAGACAGAGACAAAAAGGAAAAGCUUUUCAUUAAGUAUCAGCCCGACGUACGGAUAGGUAAGGCGUCUUAUUCUAAUGAAUUAAGCGUCUCUUUACAGUAUUUCAGCUUUUCUGUUUUCUUGUUUCUUUUUACUCUAAACGAUCAAAUAGAGACGAAUUGUCAUCAGUUUCAACAGUAUUUGUCAUGAUGUCAAGCAGUGAAUGCAAAUUAGCCUUUACUGAAAAGCCACUGCUCCAAUUUAAUAGAAACUGUAUCCACAAUCGUUUCCAGACUUUGUUUGCGAAUACAAUUCAGUCAAAGCAACACUUUUACGUGACAUUUACUUAUUUGGCUGCUAACCCUUCGCCAAACAUCCAUGAUCGCUGGAACUAAUCCGUUUAUGGGGUUAAAUCCUGUAUGUUUUGAGAUCGGACAUGUUGUACUGAAUCAACAGAAGGGUGAAUUCUAAGAUUUGUAGAGUUCCGCCUGCUUAAAAGCUUAAAAGCGGCUCUUCUGAACUCGGAUCUAUAAAAUGAGUAAAUAAAUGGAUUAGCGGAAGACUGUAGAUAAAGAGAAAGAAAAGCCAGCCUUAGAAACAAAGGACUCGUUAAUCCCGGUGGCUCAAUGACAUAACUAAGAUUGUACACAAUCCUCGGAAGCCAGCAUAAUACGAACAUAAAGACAACUAAGACACAGGCUCUUGUUCCUUUUCUUCGCUUUCUUGUUUCAUAAGUCGCUCUCCAGACUGCCCGUCUCCCUUGUUCGGUUCGUUCUCGUUCGUUUUGCGUUUUAAUGGCCUUCAUAAUUUUCACAUUAGCUACCAUUAGUACAAGAAUAGCGAAGAUGACGAACACAAUCACUAAUAUGGUGUCGUAAAGUUUGUUAGCGUAGCGCAAUUCUUCGUUUAUCUUGGAAUGGUGCCAAGCGCUUCUUAUUCCUGCCACGACGACGGGCGCCGUCCAAACUCCGGCCAAAAUGACGAUGACACGUCGCUUUGUCAUUUUCGCGCCGUAAUGAAGUGGUCGAACCACCGCCAGAUAACGAUCGUACGUGAUAGCACAUAUAUUAAAAGUCGUUGCGAGAAGAACACAAUCCUUUGCUUUCCUAAAAAUCCAACAAUAUUCGGUUAAGGAAUACUCGCAGCCAUGGCUGCAAUGUAUAGCGUAAAAUGGAACAACAAAAAUCGCCAUCAGUACAUCCCAGAGCGAUAAGCUUACAAGGAAGAUAUUCAUGAAGAUGUUUCGCAACCGUUUCGAUACCAGCAGAACGAUGCACGUGAAACUGUUCCCAAUAAAAAUAAUGAUUCCUACUGCAGAGUACAAGACCCAAAAAACCACUUCGACUUUUCUGUUGCAAGAACCAUCUAUGUGUAAGUUCACAUCAUCUGAAUCGUCGCCAAAGUCAGUGAGUUCUGCUAAGUUGCUCGUAUUGAUAGACAUUUUGUACGUUUUAGAUGCUUAUUAUUAGUAACCUUUCCUUCAACAGUUUCAACAAUUUCGAUCUUGAACGAAACUGACCGUAACAGUGGUGGUAAUUCACGAUCUGCGGUUUUCGGUGAACAGCUUGAUUCUAAAAUAUUUGUCCUGGAUAUUUUACUUAUAAUUGUAACCCAACAUAAUAUCUGCAAAAUGUCAGUUGUGAUUGACACUAUUUUGAGGAUUUUCGAAUACUUCCUCGUCAAAGUGUACUUAUACGCCAAAUGCUCGUGUUAAAACGUCGGGUAUAAAGUACAUUGCACACUAGUGGCUUCCUUUCACACAUUUUGGAUGACAAAUCUUAUUUGCACAGCUAAAGGUUUUCAGGAAUAUUUACCAAGUUUGGGGAAAUUUCGGUACGUGUUUCCAUCAAAGACGUCACUCUCGUCAUAGCUAAAUUUACUGCAGAGUUCAUAUUUCUCUUCGUGAAUGAAAUCACUUUUAGAAAUCGAUGUUUGCUUGAAGCACCCAUGAAGAGUUUUCGGAAACAGAGCAGUGUUCGAAUUCAUCUUCCAAUAGAUAUGGUUAUCAACAAAAUGUAUAGUGCAUUGUGUUUUUCUUAAUACCGCGUCCAUGUUGACACUGCGCUUCAUCGGUAUUAAAUGUCAUUUCAAAUUUUCAAAGAUUCGAGCUAGGGAGGGUUGUAAUUAUUCUGCCAAGAAAUGAAAAUUGACUCGAUUUGUCGGAAGUUAAAAUCAAGAGUUACUGUAGCUUAAAGAUAUCGGAAACAAAAUUGGUUCCAGUAUGGAGUGGAGGAAAACCAAGGCAAGCAGCCACGCUUGAUUCGAGUUGACAUCUCAAGAAACCGUGAGUUCGUAAAGGCGGGAAUGAGGAGAAACUUUUUAGCUUCACUUAGAUCGUGUUUGUUCCCUAUGGGCGAGGCAUAAUUUGCCUCCCAGGGUAAGAUUUUGACCACGUAAGCUGUUGACCAAUCGAAAAGAAAAUGCCAUUGAAACAAUUUAAAAUGCUAUUUAGAGCAAACCAAAUAGAUAAUCAGAUUAAAUUCAUUUUCGCAUGUUAAUUUCUGACGCAAACAGUCACAUGAUCCCCCCACGUGACCCAACCUUAACACCAUUCUUCCUAAAUGAUAGCUUUGAUUUAAAAUGGGGAAAACGAUUCCAUAUAUAGAUCGCUUACAAAUUUGUCAUUUUCUUAAGAAUUUUGAAUGAUUGCUGUUUUGUUUGAGUUGUUUAUGUAAAAUUUUAUGAAAAUUAAACAACCCCCAAAGCGAGUUGCGCCGUUCCGCUUUUGAUCAUCGGUGGUGGAAGACUCAAAAUGAUCCAUUUUUUUUCUCUAAUUUUUAUCUGGUGCAUGUUAGCAACUCAGCAUCUCGAGAAGGAAGUGAAAAAUCGAAAUAUUAACGUCCCAUUUAAAAUAGCAUCUAUCCCACACGAGUAAAUAAAGAUCAUUAUUUCACCUCCGUCGACUGAGAUCAAAUCGUUGACGUCAUAAGGGGGCUAUUAUCGUCAUUAGGUAUUUUCCAUUUGUAUUUUCCUAUCAACAAUCCACUGAUAUGUUUACGAACACUUGAGGCAAAUUGGAAUUUUCCCAUUAUCAACACGAUACCCUCUCAAAUCCUACGAACAAUUUCGUUAGCAUCUCAAUGAGCAAAAAUCGUCACUUUUUUUGUUUUUUCUGUCUUUUCCAUGAACGCCUAAACACCCACAUAGAUUUAAAGGUAAACAUCUCUGUAUGUUAAUGCUUAAAACAUCCAGAUAUCACGACCAUAUCAGGUAAAUUCUAAAAUUAGAUUUUUUCUUCCUGUGAGUAAAUCUUCAUCUGACUCGACUCAUGGCCACGAAAGUAAACCCUUCCAUUCAACUUUCCUCAGAAGACGAUCAAAUUACUACCCCAGUUUCGUGUUGCAUCCAGUGGUCAUGAUACGGAGGAAAGCAACUGAGUAAACUUUGUGGAGACUUGGGUAAAGAUCCCUUGUCAAAUCUUCGACAGUUUGUUUAAUUUUUCUCAAAUGAUAAAAUUUCGGCACUCAUUGAUGAAGAUAGGAAUCACGUCACCGACCUUUUAGUAUUUUGAUCACAGUGCCUAAAGUCACAAAACACAAACUUUAUUAAACAAUUCCUUCUCAGGUUUUGUUUUGCAUGAUAGAUUUCGUGCGUUCUGUAAGUUCCAAGCGUAAGCUUGGAGCUCUUGUGACAGAAAAACUUGCACUUCAAUUAUUUGACGUCAAAAAAUCAUGAUAAGCAUUUUAUUUUAUUUAUUUUACACAGAAAAAUGGAAAAUUGUAUAUUAUUUUUGUGUCACCCUUUGAGGUCAUUUUGUCGCAAAAACAACAACGCUUUCUGACGCGUUUUACGAAAAAUUUGAUUAGAUUUAAUUCUUUUAUUAAAUGACGCGUCACGAAUCAAACGGGUAAAUUUUCCUUCGUCGAAAAUUUAAGUGUGCAAUAUAAAUUUCUGUUAUUGAAUUAAGUUCAGUAAAAGAAAUUGAAAGAAGAAAAGCAAGGAAGAAGAUUGAUCUAGACUUUAGCCGAAACAAAAUCUCGAAUGAAUACUAUUCCUUGGUUUUUGAAUGAAACUGUGGAAAUCAAUUGCGCCCCGGUGGAAACUAACAACAAUCUGAAUGCCAAUUUUUAUGUAAAAUUUUUCGCAAGGAGCCUUAUAGGUUGACAUAUUUAUUGAACAUGGGCUGAAAACACAAACAACUUCCUGAGGCACGCAAGCAAUAACCCAGCAGUCUUCUGGAAACAAGAUUAAAUUUCACUCAGAACAAAAGCACUAGUUUUUGGGCGUUUUAUAAUCCACUCAUUACAGAAGAAACACUAGGCUCUUUGAUUGCGGAACAAAGUGCACGAGACAAAAGUAAAGAUUUCAAUGUCUACGGGAAAUGCUGUUAUCUAUUUACGAAUCUCGAAAUAGGUAAGUCAUCUACAUAUGAAUGUAUUUUGACAGGUUGUUGGCUAUUAAGGAAAUAAUGUGAUGAAUUCGCUAACGUCAAAGAAGAGCACACCUGGUGAUCAUACAGGAAAAAAAUAAAAGAAGACCACAUCGCCUUUAGCACCAUUGUUACAAAGAAAACCUAUCGAUAUCACGGAAUCCUUACUGCGAGUAAUUCACUUGCGGGAGAAGAUCUCGGCAUGGAGGGAAUUUCAACGAAUAUCUCCUCCUUGCCUGGCAAUCCCAAUCACACUACGACAGAAACCUGUGAUGAAACUUUACAGAAGAUUUUUUGGGUCGUAAAUGGCGUCUUGGCUUUGAUCAUUUUUGCGGGAAACACUCUAACUUGUGUGAUCUUUCUGUCCACCGCGAUUUUUCGACAACAGAUCAUGAACAUCUUCCUUGUCAGCUUAGCAGUUAGUGAUAUUCUCAUGGCCAUUAUGGUCGUUCCAGGUUACACCGCAUUCUGCGCUGGCUGUAAGUACCUCUCCACGGACACUUGCUGGAUUCUAGCGCAGACCAAAGACAUCGUGUUCAGUUCGUCCUUUUUCAGCCUAUUAGCCAUCACGUACGAUAGAUAUUUAGCGGUGUUACGCCCUUUGCAGUACAGCAGCAAAAUGACUAGAACCAAAGUCACUUGUAUGGUGAUAGCCAUUUGGGUUAUUCCUGCUCUCGUUGCCACCGCAAGAAAUAUAUGGUGGCAGACGCAAGAGGAAGAAAAAGCUAAGGUUAUCAAUCAGGUUUAUAACGUAAUACUAGUUUUUCUCCUCGUUGUGUUACCAGCUAUUAUAAUGACCGUUGUCAACUCGAUGAUUAUUCGCGCCAUUCGGACGCAGCGAAGGAAAACGAUUCCCAUGAGAGACUCAUUAAGCUCUUCGACCGUUCAGGAAUUUUCAUGUGAGGAAACACGCGCUGCAAGCGUUAGAAAACGAAAAGGAACCAGUGCAUGUGCUGCAGUUGUUUUAGUGUUUGUGUUGUCAUGGGUUCCCCGCUCAAUCUACAACUUCGCUUUUGUGGUUGGUCGUGCUGAUCUGGUUACUCCCCUUCUGGUAAAACUGUCCAUGUUUUUUCUUCUUUUGCAGUCAUGCGUGAAUCCUUUCAUUUACUCAUUUUACAGGACGGAUUUUCGGCAGGCCGCUAAACGACUGUUUAAAUUUUGCCAUUAA